CUCUGCAUUUCAAAUUUUGAAUAUUUUCUCUCUCUCUCACAAAUAAAAAGGCUACAAUCUUUUUUAAAAAUUGAUUCUUGGACAGCGUUCCACACCCCCUAUUCUAUUCCAUUCUCCUUUUCUUUCUUUCUUAACACCAUUUCACCUUCCAUUUUUCUUCAGGUGAGAAUCUUUCUCUCAAAAUUCCAUGGGUGCAUGUUUCAGUAAGAAGAAAGAGUCUUCUCCUUCUAACCCUUCCCCUCUUGCUGCAACCAAGUCAUCUUCUUCCACAGCACCUGCUGUGCCUGAGCUGAAGAGUCCUUCUCUUAGUGGUGUCACUGUUUCCAAACUCAAGGUGGAAACUGACCCAGAAGUGAAACUGAACAAGGAGAACACUAAGAAAGUGGAAGAGAAGCAUGAGACAGUGCCAGAAGGUGAAGGGCAUGUGAAAAAAGAGAUUUUUAUCAUCAAGCACAGGAAGAGCCAUGAUGACAGAGAGAGAAACUCCAACACAGCUCAGCAGAACGCCACCACUGAAUCAAUGUGUGACAAAACUGCACCAGCAGCACCACCACCAGCAGUAGUAGCAGUGAGGACUUCAAGCUGCACGAAAGAAGAGGUGGAUGCUAUUCUCAUACAGUGUGGGAGACUCAGCAGAAGCUCUUCAGGCAAUGCUGUUGCUGCCUCUGGAGAACACAGGAGAAGGUACUCAGGCUCAAAGAGAAGCUACGAUUUUGACCACUGUGACAAUGACACCAUCUCCAAUGAAGAGGACACAAGGAAAGCCAAUGCAAGUGAAAACAGCAGUGAAUUGUGUGAGGAUGACAGACAUCAAUACCGGCCGCGGCACCGCCAGUCGCCGAGUCCAAGGCCUUCUUCUCAUGAAAGGAGGAGAAGAACACCAAGCAGGGAAAGAGAGCAGCAACAAAGAUCAAGCAGUAGAGAGAGGAGAGUCAGUAGAUCUCCUGGAAGAAGAUCAUCAGAUAACACCACACCUGCUGCCAAUGCAAGAAGCAAUAAUAGCAACGCUGUUUCUAGGCCUGGAAAAAUGGUUUCUGUGCCUGCCACUGUCUCUUCACUAGUGAUGGAUAAGAGUAACAACAAUGGUGGUGGUGAAUCUGCAGCAGCCACUGGCAUCAAGAGGAUCACAGUGAAGAGAAAUGUUGGUGCUGCCUCGCCACGAUCUCAGUCUCCUGCAAGAGCAAUUGGGAAUGCAGCAAAUGCUGGUAAAGCAUUCAAUGAGAGUCAGCAGCAGCAGCCAUCACUUAGCCGCAGCUCUUCAAGGAAAGCAGAACAAUCACCUUACAAAAGAAAUCCACUCAGUGAGAUUGAGCCUAAUUCCCUUGCUUUUCCACAUUCAACACCCAACAACAACAACAGCAGGGUGCAAAACAAACCCAGAAAAGAAUUUGAAAUUGAAGCUACUCAGAAACCAAAUGGCGGCAGAACUGUAUUGGACAAGGGCAUGAUUGCAAAUUGCAAGACAAAGGUGCAACAAGAGGAAGAUGUGAAAAUGCAGCCUUCAAUUACUGAUAAUAUUGUUGUGAAAACAAUGGUGCCACCGGGGGUUGACAACCUAAAACCUCACACAUUAACAAGAAGCAGAUCUGCAAGGCGAUCCCGGGAUUUAGACCUAAACCCUGAAGCUCUAUUGAAUCCUCCACAGUCCUACACUUCACUGCUGCUUGAAGAUAUCCAGAAUUUUCAUCAAAAGAGCACACCUUCUGUUCCUCUCCCAGCUUGUGUUACCAAAGCUUGCUCUAUCCUUGAAGCUGUUGCUGAUCUCAACUCUAACACCAACUUGAAUUUCUGUGGUGCAGAAGACAGGAGAAGUCCACCAUCUUUUCAGUGUAGUAGGAAUGAUUACAAUGUUCCGUUGAGUGCCAAUGAUUAUGGGAAAGGGGAGCCUGAUGCUGAGGACCCUGUUGUAGAAUCUAUGUUAGUUGUCAAUGAUGAUGAUGUGAUGGAACCAAGCUUGCAUAAGUAUGUGACAUUGAAUAGGGGUGGUUCAUUUGGUGGGGUGGACAUGGACGAUCAAGAGUCUUCAGGAAGCAACAGCUUCACGGUGAGUAGUGGUCAACAGCACUGGGGGAUUUCUUCUUCAUCAUGGGAACCAAGUUCUGUUGAAUCAAAAGAUAGUUGGACUUCAAGAUUGAACUGCUCCAGAGAGGAAAGUCUGAAAAGUCCUUUAGGCUUGGAAGGGAGGGUAUCAUCUGAAGCAGGGUGUGAUGUGGAUGGAGUUGGGAAGAGAUUGAAUAGCAAAAGGAGACAGUGUGAUCAUCAGCACGGCAGUGGGAUAGGGCGUGGCAGGCUUGGUGCCAAUAAAGUUCUUCACAACAUACCUGUUGUCACAGCAUCUACACCCACAUAGAUGUGUUGAAUGAAUUCACUUCCAUGUUGUAACUUAAAUACUCGACAAGUUUAACAUUCCUUCUGUUUGGAGUUGCCCACUUUGCAGCCAGUUCUCAUUUAAUUAAGGUCAAAAUUAACAAUUCUGACCACUCAUCUCUUCACUUGUAGCUUUAUGUUUUUUAUUUCUUCAAAUUAUAAACAGGUGAUUGGUCAUACUUUUUAGCUU